AUGGCGGUUCAAGUUCGUGAAUACGUUAGAGAAUGCAUGGUGUGCAAAGAAACGAAGGCCACGAACCAAAGGAUUCAAGUAUCCAUAGGGCAGGAAGUUAAGACCGAACGACCCUUUCAGAAAUUGUACAUUGACUUUUUGGGAAAGUACCCACGGUCAAAAAGAGGUCAUGCAUGGGUCUUCGUAGUCGUCGAUCACUUUUCGAAAUUUACGUUUCUGAAGGCCAUGAAAGACGCUACGGCAGACAAUGUGGUGGAAUUCCUGAUUAACGAGGUUUUCUUUAAAUUCGGUGUCCCUGAAACCAUCCAUUCGGAUAACGGUCGACAAUUCGUUUCCAAGAAGUUCGAAAAUAUGGCCGAAGCUUUCGGGAUCUCCCACAUGAGAACGGCCAUAUAUUCCCCCUCAAAGCAAUGCAGCCGAGCGCGUGAAUCGAACGAAAUUGAGGUUGCGAUUCGUAAUGCUGUCCAUUCGGCAACCGGGGUCACACCAUUUUUUACGGUUUUUGGACAGCAGAUGUAUUUAAAUGGAGCCAGUUACAAGCUCGCACGGAAGCUACGGUCGAUGGGUGAACACUCCAUCUCCGAUUUAGAAACGCAGGACAAGAUCCGAAUAGUUCAAGAUCAGGUGAGGCUGCAUCUGCACAAAGCGUUUGAACGCAGCCGGCAACAGUACGACAAGCGGGCUCGGAAGUUUCACGCUGUGCCAGGCCAAGAAGUUUAUAGGCGGAAUUUUGUGCUGAGCGACUUCAGCAAGGCUUUCAACGCGAAAUUCGCAAAAAAAUUUCGCAAGUGCAGGAUUGUUAGAGUCGUAGGAAACAACGCGUAUGAGGUAGAGGAUCUAAACGGAAGAUCGCUAGGGGUCGUCCAUGCUAAAGAUCUUCGGAUUUAA